AAGCCCAUGUGAGCUGCCUUUUCCAACCACAUUCUUGACAAACACAAACAAUUUGUACAAAUUUUCCCCAUACCAUAUCCCCAUUUUGAAUCCAACAUUCACUCCCCCACUCAAACUCUCCUCUUUCCUUACUCCUCAGGUUUCUCCCUCAAACAAAACCUACUCUUUCUCAUCUCAUCCCCAAUAUUUUCCACUUCAAUUUUCCUUAGUUGGGUAGAUUUCGUUUCUUUUUUUCCUUACUUGGGUAGAUUUCGUUUCAUUUUUUUCCUAAUGUAUAACUAAGCAAAUUUAGUUUUUCUUGAAUGCUAAUUUUCUCAGCAAAAAUGGCGUCUUUUAGCGGAUUAGGAAUUGGGUUAAGCUUAGUCUUCGGCUGUCUUCUUCUAGCAUUCGUAGCAGAGAUUUACUAUUUGCUAUGGUGGAAAAAAAGAGUUACAAUUACAACGACUAGAGAACUCAUAGAAGAUGAAGAUAAUUACAGUUUUUUCCAUUUAAUUUGCUGGAGAAAACCCAAUUCAAUCGGCGACAACUCAUCUCAAGAAAGAUUGCGAGAUCAAUCAAUCAAUCGGCAAGAACACGAACAAGAUUUAGAAUUAGGAGCAGCCAAGGAUUUGCUGAUUAAAGCGUUUAGUACCGAAAAUCAAGAAAGUGUAGAAGCGGAGCUCAUGAGACUGCACAAUCUCGCCGGCCCGCCGAGAUUUCUGUUCACCAUUAACGAAGAAACUAAAGAAGAUUUGGAAUCCGACGACGGAAGAUCAAGAAAAGGGUCGAGAACUAAGAGUUUGAGUGAUAUUUUAUUAACAGUCGACACGACGCCGUUUCUUACUCCGUUAGCUUCUCCGCGUUUGAAUCCGAGUCUUUUAGAUUGUUAUCAUAACCAGGGGUUUAAUCCUCUGUUCGAGUCUUCAUCGUUAUCAGUUGAGGCGGAGAUUAACAGGCUGAGAUCGUCGCCGCCGCCGAAAUUCAAGUUCUUGAGAGACGCGGAGGAGAAAUUGUUCAGAAAAUUAAUGGAAGAAUCUGAGAAGAAGACGGUAACGGAGGAGAUAACGGUGACGGAAGGGUCAUUUUUAGGAUUCAUUGUGGGGAAAAAUAAGGAAAGAAUCUCAAGCUCUGCUCAGGUAUUGCCGUUGGCUUCUUCACCUAGUACGACAUUUAGACAAGUAGACAAGAAUCUCAAUGUUCUUUAAUUUAAUUUCUUUUUAAAUUAACAUGAAUUUGAGUUUUUUUUUUCAAUUUUUUUGUUAUAUUGGAAAUAUAAUUUAAUUUUUGAAAUUAAUGAAUGUGCAUUGGAGUUGUGAAUU